UUUCUGGCAUGUUAAUGUUAAGUUUUUAUUUAAAAUAUAGUCUAUUUUUGCAAAUUUUCAUUUUUCACUAACUAGUAAAAUUACGUUAUUAAGUUUUAUUAUGUUUGAAGCAGAGGACCAAAUAAAACUGAUACGAAAAUAUCUGAAAUUGAAAAUCAUAGAAGAUGAUGUUAAAUUCAGAGGGCAUGAAAAUGAAAGACAGCAUGUUUACGAUUUAUUUAUGAAGUCAAUAGAGCAAGGGGAAUCCCACUCAGCCCUCAUUUUAGGUCCAAGAGGUUGUGGAAAGACCACACUAAUAAAUUCAGUAUUACAUCAAGUAUCAAAUGAAGUUGAUAUAAAUAAUGAUGUUAUGAUUAUAAAACUAAAUGGACUUUUACACCAUGAUGAAAAGAUUGCUUUGAAGUCCAUUACUGCCCAGAUGCAAUUAGAAAAUGUAGUGGGUGAUAGAGUAUUUGGUACCUUUGCUGAAAACUUAAGCUUUCUACUAAGUUGUCUCAUGAGUGGAGUUGAUAGAAAGUGCAGGACUAUGAUAUUUGUUUUAGAGGAGUUUGAUUUGUUUUGCCACAGUGGAAGAACACAGACAUUAUUGUAUAAUUUAUUUGAUAUAACACAUAAUAAGCAGGCUCCUAUGUGUGUGCUAGGUCUGACCAACCGAUUAGAUGUGAUGGAAUUAUUAGAAAAACGGGUGAAAUCAAGAUUUUCACAUCGCCACAUCUUUAUAUUUCCCUGUGAAUCAGUGUUGCCAUUGCAAAACUUAAAGAAUGUUUUUGUUCAGUGUUUAUGCUUGCCAAUUUUUAAGGAAAAGGUGAAACCAAAAAGAAGUAGAAAGAGCAGAGCAUCAAGUGAUUCUGAAUCCGAAACGGAAUCAAAAUAUUCCAUUUCAAAUGAAGCUUUCCAGAAAUGUCACAUUGAUUCCAGGCAAUUCCGGGAUUUAGACACGGAUUUUAUUAGAAGUUGGAAUGCACACAUCCAUAGUUUGUUGGAUGAAGAAAAAGUGAUGGAUUAUUUUGAAAAAUUUAGCUAUUACAUUAUUAAUGAGCAAAUAUUCAGGAAUGUUUUGUUUCAACUUGUAUCGAAAUUAUCUCCAAAAAAAACAUACAUAGACCCGCAAGACAUUAUAACGACCAUAGACAAGACUGUGGCGCCGGAGCAUAGAGUAAAGCUACUACAAUCUUUAUCUAUUCUAGAAUUUUCUCUUGUCAUAGCUAUGAUGCACGGUCUGGAGAUAUUCGACGGGCAGCCGAUGAAUUUUGAAAUGGUUUUAAAUAGGUACACAAAAUUUGCAAACGAAAACUCUUCAACGCAAUCAGUACCACGCCCUGUUAUUCUAAAGGCGUUUGAGCAUUUGCAGUCUUUAGAAAUAAUAUUGCCUGUUCGCACUGAAUCUGGCAAUGACACGACAACCCAUAGAGUGCAGAAGGAGUAUAAAUUAUACACUCUGGCAAUACCCACAGACGAUAUUAAGGAGGCCGUCAAAGGGUUUAAGGCACUGCCUACAGAAAUUCAGCAUUGGGUUAAUAAUUCUGUUGUUUAGGGCUUUGAUUUAUAUAGUAUCCAUUUUUAUUUAUUUAAAAUCGUCCAUAAAAUCUUAGUCCACUGCAACAGUUAUUAGGAAGAAACCGAAAAUAUUGUCGACAAGUAUUUAUUUAUAAAAGACAAUGAAACAAAUUUGAAAUAAAAAACGAAUUUGAAAUUAUUAAUAAUCAUUGGUUUUUUGUUAAUUUAACUUUGGUUUUAGACGAUUUUUCGUUCGUCAACUUAAAAAAGAAAAAUGCCGCGAUAUAAAAAUAUAUUUUUUUCACAAUUUUUGCUAAAUGUGUUAUGAAAUCUUUUAUGUAAUAGUAAUUUAUUGUGUUCUGUGACGUAAGCGUUGAAUUGUGUUACUAGUUUUGUAAUAAAAUGUUAAAAUUUA